GCAACAGCCACAUCACAAGUCGGAAAAAAUUUAUUUGGGGGCGCUGCAGCCUCGGAACAUAUAGGAAAUACCAAGAAAGAUGUAGGUCAAAAGCCAUAAAGUGAAUAGGUUCUUGCGAGUCCUCCAACCAACUCUGCUGACACAAGUCCAGAAACCUACGAACUGGUUUUGCGCAUGGUCAGUAUCACCUCCGUUCUCCCUCUCUUCAUCCUCCUCACUCAUCAUCCAGCAGCAUCCAUCUCUCUAAUGUCCACAGCCGUGUGAUUCCCACCCGGUCGCAGCAUCAGCACCAGGAAGUGACAGCACCAGGAGUGAUGAGAGGAGAAAAACAUGGAAAUUAGUAGGCACCAAGUGGAGAGAAACCAGAACCGAUGUUUGGUGAAGACAUGAGCACACGUCGAUGGAGUCAACUCUAAACAGUGUAGAGCUCCGGGAGCUGCGUGGAGGCCGGAGAGGCCUUUCCCCAACGCCGGCACAUGGCCAUGCCUCCCAAGGCUUCGAGAACGCUUCCUACCAACAGGACGAAGAGCAGAACGUCAAGCAGGAGCAGGAGGAGCCGGAUGUAUCAACAACUUAUCCAUCCUCAUCGUUAGGCAACAGGAAGGUCAGUCAGCAGCAUCAGGAGGUUUCUCCUCAGUCUUAUGAUGAGGAGGAAGGAGGUGCAGGAGGAGGUGAGGAGCAGGAGGACGGUCAUGAUUUCACAGCGUUCAGCCCUGCUGACGACCACUCUGCAGACUACGGCUUCAUCUUGGCUUUGGUGUUCCUGGUAAGCGGGAUUGUCCUGGUGGUCAUCGCCUACACUAUCCCCAGGGAGGCCAAAGUCGACCCGGACUCUGUGUCGGCACGCCAGAUGGAGAAGUUGGAGAUGUACUAUGCCCAGCUGGGCUCCCACCUGGACAAGUGCAUCAUCGCAGGCCUGGGCCUGCUGACCCUGGGGGGAAUGUUCCUGUCAGUGCUGCUCAUGGUGUCCAUCUGCCGAGGUGAGAUGUAUCGACGGAGGGCAGCAUUCGUUCGACCCAAGAGGACUUAUGGUUCCAUAAACUUGAGGAUGAAGCAACUGGCGACCGGUGAAACAGAAGGAGGUGAAGGUAGAGAUGGAGGUGAGGAGUUUUUGGUGGAGCAUGCAGAGACAUGGAAUAACUUGCAGGUAGAGACAAACCGGGACUCUAGUUCAGAACCAGGGCCAAGCAGACAUCUUCCUCCUUCUUCUCCUGCUGCUGCUUCUCCUUCUGCUGCAUGUGGAGUCUAACUCUGCCACAUGUUCACUCUGCAGAUGUGUUACCUGCAACUGGGCAAGUGCCCACUUGCAAAUGGGAAUGCACAUGGUGCAGGUUCUCCCUUUGUGCACAUAAAGAAGCACAUGUUAAGGACGAGGCUUUCUGCUGGAGUGAC